AUAGGGAAAUAUCCAGUGCGUUUGCACGAGGCAGUCAAGUCAUUAGCACAUAAAAUAAGUGAAUAAAACUAUUUUUUCCAUAAUCGAAAGUGAAGUUGAUGACUUGAUUCAGGCGCUCAGGCUCUUCUGCUGAGUCGUUCUCUCUUUUCCCUCUCCCGCGUCCAUCGGCUUCUCCGGAUAUGGUUUUGAACUUUUGAUUACUAUGGUCUACACUCUAGAGUAGCGGCUAUCUCCGCUGUUUGGCUUAUCCUUAUCCUAAUCUUUCAUUGUAGUCAGAGAAGGAGAAUCACAUCUGAUUUCUCUCCGCUCAGAAGUCCCAGAUGAAAGAGUAAAAGCUGCGGAGCGGAUCAUGGAGGAGUAUUCGCCGGCGAUACAAAUCUUGAGAAUGAAACGAGUAUUUUUUUUCUAAGGCAGAUCGGCAGCAGUUACAGUAGACGUACGUGAACGAGAAUCUACUCACCCGCCGCCCAGGUGCCGGCUAUCAUGACAGAGAUCCAACGUCCUAUACUUACGAGAAGUAUCGCAAACAACAAAUACGCUUACAUUCCUGAUACUUUCACUACUCUUGAGCAGGUUUCAUCUGCUUUGAGGGAAUCAGGAUUGGAAUCAUCAAAUCUUAUUGUUGGAAUUGAUUUCACAAAAAGCAACGAAUGGACAGGCAAAUAUUCUUUCAAUAAAAGGAGCCUACAUGCAAUUGGUUCUACACCUAAUCCAUAUGAACAAGCCAUUGCUAUUGUUGGGAAGACUUUGGCUCCCUUUGAUGAAGACAAUAUGAUUCCUUGUUUUGGGUUUGGUGAUGUCACCACCCAUGAUCAAGAGGUUUUCAGCUUUCACAAUUAUAAUAAACCCUGCCAUGGCUUUGAAGAAGUUUUGGCUUGCUAUAAACGGAUUGUUCCAAAUUUGCGAUUGUCAGGACCAACUUCUUUUGCACCAGUAGUUGAGGCUGCAAUUGACAUUGUGGAGCAAAGUGGUGGACAGUACCAUGUUCUGGUCAUCAUUGCAGAUGGACAGGUUACAAGAAGUGUUAAUACAGAGGAAGGUGCUCUUAGCCCACAGGAAGAGAAAACAAUUCAGUCAAUAGUCACUGCAAGUUCAUACCCACUCUCAAUUGUGCUUGUUGGUGUUGGUGAUGGGCCCUGGGAAGAUAUGAAGAAAUUUGAUGAUAAGAUUCCAACCCGUGUGUUUGACAAUUUUCAGUUUGUUAAUUUCACAGAGAUUAUGUCCAAGGAUAUUAGUCCUUCUGAGAAAGAAGCAGCAUUUGCUCUUGCAGCACUAAUGGAGAUCCCUAUCCAAUACAAAGCAACCGUGGAACUGGAGAUCCUUGGUAGGUCCACAGGAUGUGCAAAAAAGGUAGUUCCACGGCCCCCUCCUGGUUAUUUCAUCCGCCCACCACAGCCAUAUUAUGAAUCGAGUAUAGUCGCCGCCCGCCCCCCCCAAACUCGUGAACUGACCGAUCCUGCCCCCUCCAGCUCCAGUGGAGAUGAAAGGACAAGAGUUUGCCCUAUUUGCUGGAAUAAUGAAAAGAAUAUGGCUUUUGGGUGUGGGCAUAUGACAUGUACAGAGUGUGGGCCAAAAGUGGUGAACUGCCCAAUAUGUCGAACACGGAUCACUUCUCGUCUCCGACUGUAUCCUGGUUGAUUUCUUUGCAUAUUCAUGGCUUUAGAUCGUUGAUGUUAUCCUCCUUGGCAAGGCAGCUAAGCUGUACUUCCAUGGUUAAAUUGAAGAUCGAUGGGACAUGUUCCAUCCCACGGUUUGGAUUGUGUAUGCAUGCCUUCUUCUACCAAACAGUCCUGCUGUUAGCUUCUUUUCUUGUCUCUCUGGGCCUAGGGUCCUACUUGUAUAGCUAGCCUAAGUGGAGUUGUUGUCAAGUGGAUCCAUCACUGCUUUUAUCAGAUGUACAUUAUCGUAGUUUUUGUGUUGUUAUUUCAUCAAGGAAAAGGUGUAAUGUGAUUCUGCUAACUACUAAGACAUCAUCAAAUUGUAUCAAAUUUUAUGAAGGUUUCUCUUCUCUGUUAGAUCAAUUAUUCGUUCAAACCUA